AUGCUUUCCAUCUUUCGCCUUGCCGCCGCCGCCGGCCUCGUCGCCUCAGCCGCGUGUGCUCGGGCGCUCAAUGCGUCCAACUUGGACGGCAUCCAGGCAGGGUGUGGCACCCCCAGUCCUGCACACGAGCUGUGGACACGCCCGAACGAGUCCCUGGCACAGGCGCCGAGGGCUACGAAGCGCGACCGGGGCCAAUUGCACCGGAUACCAGUACACAUCACUGUUUUGGCCAAGGACAACACCGUCGAGGGGGGCUUCCUUUCUGACGCUCGUAUCCAAACGGUACUAGAUUCGUUUGACAAGUACUAUUCCUUUGGCUUCUCCCUCGACGCCUCGGUCGACACUGUCCGUCGCUACGUACGCCCUGAGCUUUUCGAUCCCACGUCAGGGGUAUUCAUCGGAGACGGCAGAGGCAUCCGGCGAGAGUACCACCGGGGUGAAGGCGACUAUACCUCAAUGAACCUCAUCUUCCUCUAUCGCCUUAAAGACGUUUACCCCAUCGACGGCAGCUCUUCAGGCUUCAUGGGGGAGACAAUUAUGGCCUUUCCCGAACUCUGGCGUUUCUCAAACGCACGAGACCUCGAGGCGGAAGACAGCAUCCUCCUCUCCGCUGCCAUCGUCCCGAAUAUAGUUAGUUCGGGGCACAGGGGAAAUUUGCAUACAUUUGCCCACGAGGCCGGCCACUUUUUCGGACUAUACCACACGGACCGUUCGAAACAAGAGGGCGUCUGCGACCCGGAAAACGACGGCAUCAGCGAUACCCCUACUCACGUCGUGCCGAAGGAUUGGCACCAUUGGUUGCAGCAGUGUCCUCCAGUGGGCCAAGUCAAUACCUGCGCGCAAUUCGGUGAUGGACCGGACCCUAUCCGGAAUCUCAUGGUCUCGCUGCACUUCGGCUGCGAUAUGGAUGACUUGACACCGGGCCAGAGGCAAAAGGCGUUGGACACGUUCGAAAACAGCCGCCUGCCGUAUAAAAGGAAGAUGCAGGAGCUGGGGCAUUGGGUGCAGCGGCAAGGCCAGCAGUCACAGGGCCAACAACGGCAAGACCAACAGGACGAUUCGUGGGACGAGUUUCGCCAACCGCAUGAGAAACAUCAACAGUUACGGAAUGAGGCUCAGAAAAUCCUCGACCACUGUCUCCGCCAGGUGGAGCAAGAAUACAACCACGAGAGCGCCAAGCUACGUCAGAAGAGGCGCCGCAAGGAUGACGAAUCGCAGCGUCAUCUCCAGCGUAUAUGGGAUUGGCUCAACGGCUACUGGUAUCAUCCGCAACAUACUGACUGGGCUCUGCAAAAAUGGGCUCAGCUGGAGGAGGAUAACCGCCAAGUCCGGCAGCAUUAUGAGCAGGAAGAACGGCGGCUCCAGGCGGACCUGGUGCAAAUCGUCGAGCAGAAGCGACAGGAGUGUACAAAGAGGGUACACGAGGAAGCCUAG